UAAACGUUUGACUUCAAAUAUUGGCAACACUGAUACCUUUCCAGUACCAAACAAAAUAUGGCGUUGUUAAAGGUAGCGAUUUUGUUUGUUGUCGUAAUUUGUAUAAAUAACGCCAAAGGACAAAGAUCUCCAACGAUUUCUUUUAUUUCCCAAACGCAAAUUAAGGAUAUUGGUGGAACUGUGGAACUAUCAUGUUCAGUUCAGUACACUCAGGACUAUUCUGUUGUAUGGAUGAAAUUGGACACUGGAAGCAGUUUACCUAUUUCAACUGGCAGCUCUCUCAUCCUACAUGACUCUAGGUUCUCCCUCAGAUAUGAUCCGGCCAGUUCCACUUAUGUUCUGCAAAUCAAGGACAUGCAAGAGACCGAUGCAGGAACUUACGCGUGCCAAAUUCUCAUCUCUCCAAGCAAUAGAGUAAGCGCGGAAGUACAAGUGCAAGUUCGUCGACCUCCCUUCAUUUCGGAUAACUCUACAAGAUCUGUCGUAGUAGCAGAAGGCAGUGCUGUUGAUAUGGAAUGUUAUGCUGGAGGCUUUCCUGUGCCACGAAUUACAUGGAGGCGUGAAAAUAACGCGGUUUUGCCUACAGGGGGAUCUAUAAGCCGAGGUAAUACGCUGAAAAUCAAAGGGAUCAAGAAAGAGGAUCGUGGAACUUACUAUUGUAUUGCGGAAAAUGGCGUUGGACAGGGAGCAAGACGUAAUAUUGCUGUCGAAGUAGAAUUUGCACCUGUGGUAACAGUGCCAAGGCCUCGUUUGGGCCAGGCUUUGCAAUACGAUAUGGAUCUCGAGUGCCACGUUGAAGCUUACCCCCUACCCGCAAUUACCUGGGAAAAGGAUGAUAUUACUCUAGUAAAUAAUCAGCAUAAUAUGAUAUCUCACUUUGCUGUUGCUGAUGAGUUUACUGACACUACAUUAAGAGUAAUAACAAUUGAAAAGAGGCAGUAUGGGCAGUAUGUGUGCAAGGCAGCAAAUAGGUUGGGUACAUCGGAGGGCAGAGUUGAGCUUUUUGAGUCCAUUAUUCCUGUAUGCCCGCCGGCCUGUGGUUCCACUCGAUACGGGGACGCUUCCACACUCUCGACGAGCACAGUGGCCUUAUUUUUUACAUUACUGAUUUGCAUAUAUAGAAAUUUCACAGCCCAACGUUAAUUAUCCUGGUUUAAUCUGGAUAAGCAAAGCUAGUAAAUUCCAAUCAGCUUACAUGGUGGUGCUUGUGAUUGCACAAAGUCUGCAAAUAUAAAAAAACGGAAUUUGAUUCUACUAUUGAUAACCAGUACCAUUUUUUGCAAUAAGCGAUUAAGUUGAUAUUAGCAAUGUAAACAACUAGUCUUGUUUGUUUUACUACUUUACUUGUAUACACCAAUGUGUAAUACGUUAUACACCAUCAUUUGAGGCACAACCAAUACAAUUUUAAAUUGAAUAUAAUAAAUGUUGCACAUACUGAGCUCAGCUUUCUGUAUGUUGUGAGUGAUGCAAUAAGGCACUAAUAUGGUUGUGACAGUACAACUUGUAAGAAGUGAUUGUUUAGUAAUAAAUACUUUAAUUAUAGGCAUCAUCUGAAAGGUCCAACAGUCUGAGUGAUUUUUCCGCAAUUUGCAUCUUCUUAUUGUUUACCAUUCAAUUACUGUAAAUUGAUAAUUCUAUUUUAUUUCAGGGAAAUUUUAUUAGUUUUCAUGAAAUAAAAUAAAAAUAUGUUUUAUACAAACUAUAAUCAAAGUCUUGUAUCAGAUUUUUCAGGCUGUUUUUGACAUAUAAAGUACAAAUUGCUAAACAAUUGGCGAAAUUACUUGAUAUUAUACAUAUACUUAGUUGUAUAGUUUUUUGAACAUUUUUUACUCACUUUGCAAACCUCUAUUGGGGAAAAUCUCAUUUAAUGAUACAAUUGCAUUAUAUUUACUCUUUUAUUGCAGCUUAUUUCUGUUCUCAACUGAUAUAUUUUUAAUUACAUUCGUCCAUUUUACGUGUUAUAGUAGUUAGAAGGGUAUUAAUGCACUGAAAACGUGUACAUUUUGUUCACCUUUUCAGUAACUUUUAUAGGAUAGUUUAUUUUAGUUUUAGUUAGAUAAAUUACAAUUAAAGGUCUUGUAAAUCAAAGGUGCCCAUAAAUUCACACUUUAUUGGAUGCGAAAGAAAUCUUAAAUCAAACUUAAUUUUCUAAUUUCUAAGAAACAAAUCGACAUGUGCAUUUCAACGGAAGAACCUGGAUCUUAUUAACGAAUUAUAUUAUAUGGCAGAAAUUACAUGGUCUGUAUAUAUAAUUAGUAGACAGAAUUGUGACACGGUCAAAGUUGGACUUCAAUGCAUUUACUAGUUACUACAUUCUAAUGUACACAAAUGUAAGUCUAUUAUUAAAUAUAUACGUUACGGUAUGUAUCCGUAAUUUAAGAUUUUUACAUAGUCAUAAAUGUUUUUUUAGUUAAGUAGAGUUAUCAUUUACAACUUUUCUAGAGAUUAUUCGAAAUUAUUUUCUAUUUUUCUAGUGAUCUACUAAUAAUUUUCAUUUAUUUAUUAAGGGUUUGUGAUUAUCAGCAUUUCUGUUAGUUUAACAGUAGGUAGAUAUUAUAUUACAUACUUCUGUACUUGUACUAAUUUUUACCUUUGUAUUAUAUUGUGCAGCAUCUAUGACCUAAGUUUUAUGUGUCUAUAUGUUUUUGUACCAAUAAGAAUAAAUGAAUGUAUAGAA